AUGGCAUUCCUCCUUGCGAGAGCCAUCCGUUUUUAUCGCUGCAAUAACAGCUCAAAAAAUAAAGCAUCAAAGUCAACUGUACAUUUUUCUGACGCGAAAGACUGUCGAGCAGUCAUUGUCGGGAGGAGUCCGUUCAAUGGCAUGUCGAAAAACACCCUAACCGCUUUUCAGGCAAGAGCUGGCCCAAACCAAGCUCUUCGACGGGCAUUCGGGAUAGAUAAUGCCUUCACCAGCGAGGAUAACGCUGUCAUAAGAGAGUUCGUAGCUCUUGCUACAAAGCGGAUGAUUCUCCACGGCACGGACUGGGGGAAAGUAGCCACUCUUGCAGCUACUACCCUUGAAACCUUAGGAUAUUUCGAGCAGAUUGCAGGCAAUAGUACUUCCACAGGCACAGUUCCCAUCACAAGUGUGGCACAAGUGUUGUGCCUCACAGUUGUUCUACGCACAAUCCUUCAAACAGAUGUUGACAAAACGCAGUAUAAAGACGUGCUCAAGCUGGCGGAGGAUAUCAAUAGAAUUUGGAUAUCAUCCAAGAGUCCAGAUGAAGAGAAACGAUCAAGCUAUCAAAGCGAGACACCAUUUCAUGAUACCCUCAAGGCUAUAUUUCCAAAUACCCAAAUUAGUAGCCCAGCUUCAAACCCAUUGAAUCUUAUUCUACCAUCUUUCGAGACGAUGUGGAGAAUAGUUCUGCGAACUUUUCUAGAAAUCAACUUCCUCACUGGCAAUCGCUCACCGGAGUUCAAACAGGUGCUCGUAGAGUUCUUCCACAACCCAACCAAAGAACAGUUCAACCAGGAACUCAGCCCAGGAGUUUCGGCAAGCAAUGUCAUCUCUGAAGCUCUUAGGCUCUUCCCACCAACCCGCCGCGUUCACCGUCAUUUUCAAGGCCUUAGCAGCAACGAACGAACCCUUUUUGCUGCAGAUAUAGAAGCAUGCCAUCGCAACCUUAGGGUUUGGGGUUCAGAUGCAUUAAAAUUUGUUCCUGGUAGGUGGAAUUGUCUCAAUGAGCAACAAAAGUCUAGUUUCAUGCCGUUCGGAAGCAAGCCGUUCUUAUGUCCUGCGAAGCCAGUUUUUGGGCCAAGAAUGAUUGCUCUUCUGGUUGGGGCUCUCCUUUGCCAUUAUACCGAAAACUGGGAGCUGAGUAGUGUUUCUGGAAAGUAUGGUAUAAAUAUGGUAGCUGAAGGGGAAUAUCUGGACCGGGAUGCUUGUGCGCAAUUGUACCUCGUUAGGGAUAUUCGGGUUUGAGGUUCAGGCUUACGCACGAAUGCCAUGAAGUUUUCAUUUAUUGUAGUCAGAGUACUUUAUUUUUGAUAUGCCUUCAGUAUGUGUGUGACCUUUGCAAUCAAUAAUUGGAUGCACAUUUUCUUUUGCCCUGCCAGGCCGAAACAUGGCCGGCGCUUGUCCAUCAG